AUGAAUCUGCCCUGUACGUAUCAAGCACCACGCGCCACCAAGAAGGAUCAAUCCAUGGCCGUGGCUAUCAAUGCCAUCAGGAGGCUUGAAACGAAGAUUGAAGACCUGACAGCUGCCAUCAUCACACCAAAGACGGCAUCGCCAGGCCAGCCAUUGCUUGCGGAGUCGGAUCUGGUUCAUCUGUCGCCUUCCUCUACCGUCUCUCAAACCAGUCCCAGCUUUCAGAGUCCGGCUGCUUUGUUGUAUCGUCACAAUCAUGCAAGAGCGAGUGUGCACGAAAUGGCAAUGUCACCACAGGUCGCUGGAACUCCUGUGCAAACCUCGUUCCCAAUACCGGAAGCUCCCAGUAAAGUCGCACUCUCCUUCAGUCAGCAUCGUGUAUCACUGUGGCCCGCCAUCAAACAAAUACUGCCCGUUGAGUUUGUUUCCGCAAGAGACGGGCUGCCACAAGAUUAUAUUGGCGAAAUCGAAAGUCAGAGACCACCUCUGCCAGUGCACAUUGAUAGACCUUUUGGUACAUCUCCCGACACAUGGCUAAUGAGCCUUCCGCAAUCUGUUGUCAAAGGACUCUCAGAUGCAUACUUUGCUGUCUUUCAUCGCAUCACACCUGUACUCGACAAAUACCACUUUUAUUCGACUACGCUGGGUAUGGCUGCUGAAAACGAGUUUGGGUAUGAUAUUGAAUCAUGUCUGGCGCUGAACGUAUUGGCGCUCGGCAGCCUAGCUGUCAGAGCUUAUGAGGAAGGAGACUUUGCACUUCCUUCACGAUCUGCACCGUCUGGGCGUGGCUUUGUGCGUCCAGAGUGGUACGAGUUGAUCAACGACGACCCACCUGGGUUGAAGUUUUUCAAUGAGGCUAGGAGGCGCUUUGGAUUUCUGAUCUGUCAGAACGAUGUCGUAGCGGGUCAGUUUUACAUGCUGUCGACACUGUACUACGCGCAGAUCCUGCGGCCUCUGGACUCUUGGGCCACUGUCAACCGAGCAGCGCUUUGCUGCACGAGCCUACUGAGCCGUGGGGAGGUGAUUGACUUCCACCAGUGGGAUGGCGACAUGUUCUCCCGGCUUUACUGGUGCACGUUGAUGUACGAGACGGUCAUCACGCAAGAGCUUGAUCUUCUCCCUCACAGCGGGCUAUUGGAGUACGAGUCUGACAUGCCCUUGCCGAAAUUCACGCAAUGUCCACGCCCCAAGACAUCGAUUUCAGUUCUCGUGACUGAUGAGGACGACUCGUUUUUCAAUUUUCAUUUCCUCGCUCAGGCCGCUCAUCGCAUCAUCCUCACGCGCGUCAAACAGAGUCUGUACUAUUUUGCUGAGAAGGAGGGCUUCCCGAGUACGAGCGUGACGACAGAGAUGCACCAUCAACUCGAGCAGUGGCGCGCCAAUCUACCGCCAUCGCUGCAGUUCUCAGACGAUGAAAGCGACAACGACUCGGCCAGCCCAGCACAUGUGAUUGCCAAAGCGAUGCUGCGGAGUCGCUAUCUUGUUGCCAAAUUCCACAUUGGUCGCCCGUUUCUCUACAAAGCAUUGCACGCGCCGGGCGUCACGACGGAUGCGGAGUACAACGAGGUCAAGGAAGGGUUGCGAGGGGGCAUGUACUGGCCGACUACCAUGGGACUGUGUACCCAGAUGCUGUCGGCACUGCCAAUCAAAUUCGGGUGGUGUUGCCAAUGUUUUGGGCAGGUGCUGCUGUUCCAGGCCGUGGCGCGAUCGCCAGACCGCAAGCUGCAAGACACAUUGCCAGCCGACUGGCAGCCGUGGGUUCGGAUUAUGAUGACGCUGAUUGAGAGUUGCGCGAGAAGCAGCCCGGGGAUUGCCAAGGACUUUGAGCUGCUGCGCUCACUCGACAUGUGA